GUUUUGUUUUGUUUAGCCCGGUCUGAACAAUCACGUGACAAUUUAUAUCUCGGCACACGACCUUGGCGUUAUUUAUUCCGGGACUACUGCAGUAAGCAGUCGGCGUUUUAUAAAAAUGUAUAUACAAUGUAUUGUAAGGCUAUAUAAAUGGAUAUAAAACUCAGCUGGUUCAGAAAUGGCAACCGGAGGUGCCGCCGAUGAAAGAUACCCUCUGCGUAUAUUUGACGAUGAUUCAGAAAGCGAAACACAUUCAAAAUUUGGAAAAAAGCAAAUAAUAGAUGUUUAUCAUGGGGAACGUAAAUCUAUGCCUCAAAAAGACAAAUACACACCUCGAGGACGGGGGAGAGGGCGAGUGAGAGGCAGAGCAAGGCCCGACAGGCAGAAUGUUGGAUAUAAUCCAAGAGACAGAAGUGAGAGCGAACACGACCAAAACAGAUAUGAUGACCGUGGUAGGGGUUUUCACGCCUCGCUCAGAGGCCGCCAGGCUACAAACAGUGAUAGAAGAAGCUCGCAUCUUCAUUCUAGGCAAACUAUGGACAACAGUACAGGUAACCAUGCUAGCAAUGUUGCCAGGUUACCUUUUUACAGAGAAACUAGGUCCAUGCCAUUUCACAAACUGAGUGAUCUUGCAAACAACGAUGAUUGUAGUGCUGAUGAGGUGCUCGUUGAAAUUUCGCAGUCAAGAAGUGGAUUCAUUGAAUUGGUUGAACGGUCAUUUUUGUACAAGAAUAACGCUUUAUUGAUCAUGAAGAUCUUACAUAAAGUAAAAGAUUCAUCCUCCACACACAUUCUGUACGAAUUUCUGCAGAAAAUUGAAGAAGUACUGUUGUUAGGAUUAAAUGAAACAGUAAGCAAAGUAGUGAUCGAGGAUGUUAGUGUGGAGCAAAUUUGGAGUAGAUCAGAAAUACUUAAAGCCUUUUGCUUUGAUUCACUACCAGUAGUAAGGAAAUUGAUGGCAUCAUUCCCUGGAAGUCUCCAUAAGUGGCAUGGAUUACUUUUGGUAUUUAAACAGAUAAAUGAAUUGUAUGAAAACAUAAACCUGGAUGAGCAAAUUGAAUUAGCCAAGAAAGUAUUUGAAGCUGUCAAGGCAGAUAGGGAUAAAAUACACAAAGAAGACAUUGCCAGAAAACAGAUUAAAACAAUACCAGACAUAGACGUGGCACCCCCUGAUGACUUUCGGGAUAUUAGUAUUUUUCCGAAAAUGAAGGAUAUUUCUCUGAACGAAGUUCCAUUUUUACGUGCAAAUAAAGUUGAAGGAAAAUAUAGUUCAGUCGAUACCUAUCUCGAUGUUCAAUUUAGACUUCUGAGGGAAGAUUACGUUAAACCGUUACGUGACGGUAUUUUUGAAUACCAAAAGAGCAUUAAAACGGGUGAGAAUGUCAAGAAACUGAGAAAUAUUCGCAUUUACCAUUCGGUCCAAAUUUUGUUUCCAGUGUGUACAAGUAGUGGAUUAAAUCACAUCGUUCGGUUCGACAACAGCAGUUUAAAAGGCAUAAACUGGGUGGCUUCACAGAGGCUUAAGCAUGGCUCGUUGGUCUGUCUGUCACCUGACAACUUCGAGACGGUAGUUUACGCCGUAAUAAAGAACAGAGAUCCUAACAAACUUGAAGAGGGUCAGCUAGAAAUUCAUUUCGACAAUCUGUCAAGUGAGGUUCUAUGUGGCAAAAGAAAUGCCACGUUCAUCAUGGCCGAAAGCGCAGCAUAUUUUGAAGCAUAUAGACAUGUUUUAGAGGGCCUUCAAGAAAUAACCGAUGAAAUGCCAAUGAGCAGAUACAUAAUAACAUGUGACACGAAAAUUAAGCCACCUUCAUAUGUAUUGAACAAAGGCAGUCCAGAAUAUGAUUUUACUUGUUUAUUGCAAGAGAAUGAUAAUGCCCCCGAAAUAAAGUAUCCGGUGUUAAAUACAAGGCAAUGGCCAAGCUGCAACCAAUUGGGACUAGACACAUCCCAGUAUCAGGCUCUUCAGACUGCUGUAACAAAGGAGUUUGCUUUAAUACAGGGUCCGCCAGGCACAGGAAAGACAUUUGUAGGAUUGAAGAUUGCAAAACUGCUUUUAGCAAACAGCUCUUUCUGGAAACCUAACGAACAACAAAGCCCACUAUUAGUGGUCUGCUACACCAAUCAUGCCUUAGAUCAGUUUCUCGAAGGCAUGUUGCAAUUUUGUGAACGUGAAGGAAUCGUUAGGAUAGGCAGCCGAUGUAAAAAUGCGAACUUGGAGCCGUUUCUACUACACACAGUAAAAGAAAAAAAAAGAACGUCGAAGGAAAGGAAAUUUUCAAUAUUGCAAUCUGAAAGGGAUAAACGUGAUAAAGUCAGAGAGAGUCAGGACCACAUCCUUGCCAUUAGUGCCAAGUUGAAGAACACGAAAACUCAAAUUUUAGCAUAUGAAGAACUUGAACAUGUGAUGUUAGAUAAACAAAAAGCUCAAUUUGAAAAAGUUAAGCAAUCUAAGAGCUCUCGCCAUUCCUUAUCAACGUGGCUUGAUUUUUUUACUUUCUCUGUUUCGUCCCAUGACAAAAAGGAGAAUGCAAAAGAAGUAAAAGAACUUUGGAAAUAUCUCAUUCUUACUGAAAUCCAACCCGCUGAACAAACAGAGGUUGAUCAAGUACGAAAUAUUUGGAAAACAGAUCUAUUAACAAGAGCUCAAAUUUACACGCUGUGGUUGAAUGAAUGCAGAGAAAAUAUUUCAAAAGAACUUGUUAAAACACAUCCAAACGCAGCUGAAAGAUGUGACGAAAAUAUUCUCACAUUCUACGAACUCGAAAUGUAUCUGUUAAGCCACCGAGCAAAAGAAAAGUUAAGACGGUUAUUAGGUGCCAAAGAAAUACGAAAGAACCAACUUCUAUUGAAAUGGCUACAUCUGUCGCCUGAAGAUAAGAAUGAUGAAAUUAAAGCAGUCAUUGAGAGCUUUGAAAAAAAUGCGACUGAGGAUGCCGCAGUGUAUUCAGAUGAUCUCGAAGAAGAUAGAAGUCUUGAUGAUGAAGAGGAUGAUGGUAUGACGAUGUUGUAUGAAGGUCAAUAUCACACAUCCGCGAAAAGAAAAAAAUCUGAUCUUGAAUGGCUUCAAGUUCGCUAUGACAAAAAGAACGCAUCAGUAAUUACGAAGUUGUUUGAGGGAGUAAUUCCUUUGACGAAAGAACAAGAAGAAAACAUAAUCGAUGUUUUCAAGAUAAGUAGAGAACAAAAAGUUUCAAUGUAUGUCACAUGGAUAAAUAAAUACACACACUUAUUACGAAACAGUAUACAGAAACACGAACAAGACUUCAUUGUGGCAAACAAAAGUUUACAAGAAGUACGGGAUAUGGAAACAGUAGCGGUGCUUAAAGAUUCUCUUAUUCUUGGAAUGACAACAACUGGGGCGGCAAAAUACCGGACAAUAUUGAAAGCUGUUCAACCGCAUAUUAUAAUUGUGGAAGAAGCUGCUGAAGUUCUUGAAUCACACAUCAUCACGUCGAUGAAUCAAUGUUGCGAACACUUGAUAUUGAUAGGCGAUCAUAAGCAGCUGAGGCCGACGACAACUGUUUAUGAACUUGCAAAAAAGUAUGCUUUGGACAUAUCUUUAUUUGAAAGGAUGGUUAGAAACGAGGUCCCAUGUGUUACGUUGGAAGAACAGCACAGAAUGAGACCAGCAAUUUCAUCACUGAUCAAAAGACAAAAACUAUAUCCCUGUCUUAAAGAUCAUGUGACAGUGAAGCAAUAUAAGAAUAUAUUGGGAGUAAAUGAGAACGUUCAAUUCAUUACUCAUUCAGAGAAUGAGGAAUCUUCUGUUGAGUCUACUAGCUACUCAAACCUUCAUGAAGCAAAGUACAUAGCUGCUCUAUGUUAUUACUUCACAUGUCAGGGAUACAGUGAAACUCAGAUAACUGUAAUUACACCUUAUAUGGGUCAGGUUCUACUUCUUAGAAAGGUGAUGCCAAAGGAACAGUUCAGCGGAGUCAGAAUCACUGCUGUUGAUAAUUUUCAAGGCGAAGAAAAUGACAUCAUUUUACUAUCAUUAGUGCGCAGCACUACCAACAAAAAACAAACAAGCAAACGAAAUCCGAUUGGCUUUGUUGGGAUAGAAAACCGGAUAUGCGUGGCAUUGUCAAGAGCGAAAAUUGGUUUGUAUGUUGUGGGCAACUUUCCUCUGCUGGAAACAUUCAGUCCACUGUGGAGUGAAAUCGUAUCAGAAAUGAGAGACAAGGGUCUUGUUAAGAAUCACUUGACGCUUAUAUGUGAAAACCACCCGGAAAGAAGAAUUGACGCAAAUAAUUGUGAAGAUUUCAAAAGUAGGCGUGAUGGUGGUUGUGGGAUUCCAUGUGGAGAGAUUUUGGAAUGCGGACAUACGUGUCCACGCUCGUGCCAUAUUGUUGACACAGAACAUAAAGUAAUAACUUGCGAAUUACCAUGUGAGAGAACAGUAGGUUCAUGUCCACUUUGUCAUCGUUGCACGAAGAUAUGCUUUGAAGAGUGUGAACCUUGUGAUGUUGAAGUCGAAAAGACAAUCCCAGUAUGUAAACACAUUCAAACUAUGUUGUGUCACGAGGAUCCAUACACGUUUAAGUGUAGAUAUCGUGUUGAAAGAGAGCUGCAAUGUCAGCACACAGUAGAAAUGAACUGUUCAGAUGAUCCGAAAACAUACCAAUGCCGAGUCAAAACACAAAAACGUUUACUUUUUUGCGCACACGUUGUCGAAAUACCUUGUAACGUCGAUCCUGUGGGAUGGAAAUGUGAACAAGAGUGUUCAAACUUGCUCAAAUGUGGACAUUUGUGUAAAAGAACAUGUCAUGAAGGUUAUAAAUCUGGAGACCAUGAAAGUAAGUGUAAGAUGCAAGUAAAACGUGAUCUAGGUUGUGGGCAUUCUACAACUGUUCCUUGUUACCUUGAAGUUAGUGCAAUCGUUUGUCGGGAGAAAUGUGUUGCCAGACAUGAAUGCGGUCACAUGUGUUCUGGUACAUGCGGCUUAUGUUACGCGGGUAGAGUGCACAGACAGUGCAAUGGGUCUUGCGGCAAAAUACUUCCUUGUGGCCACAAAUGUGAUUAUACAUGCCACGAGAUUUGCCCGCCAUGUAACAAAACGUGUCAGUGGAAAUGUUCUCACAACAUACCGUGUAAGAAGAAAUGUUAUGAAUCGUGCGAUGGGUGUUUACAACGUUGCAAGUAUAGAUGUUCCCAUACAAAACAUUGUGACACUAGUUGUCCGGACGCUUGUCUCAUUGAAGGAUGUAACAAACCUUGUCAGAAAUUGCUCGAAUGCAAUCACAAUUGUGCCGGAAUAUGUGGCGAAAAGUGUGUAUGUAUAACAUGUAGUAGUGAUCGUAUAAAGGAGGAUGACGGUGAACAAUCAGACAAGACGUUGUAUUUGCAGUUGCCGGACUGCUCAUGCAUUUUUAAAGCAACUUUUCUGGAUAAGCACAUGCAUCAACAGAAUGACACUAAAACCGAUUUGUGCAAAAGAUGCCCCUCAUGUAGGAAGCCAAUACGGAGUGAUGUUAGAAGAUAUUCUAAUAUUUUAAAACAGAUAAGACACGAUAUUGUAGAAAAGUAUGAAAAUGGGAUUGGCAAUGAAAAAUUGCGAGAAAAGAAAUGCAGCUCCCUUCAAAAACGCACUUACAGCUUAAUGAAAGAUAGAAAGAUUUUGAAUAUUCAUGAAAUGAAACAAAUGCAGAAUGAGUGGAAGAAGAGUUGCUUUUAUUCUAGGUGCUUUUAUUACCUAGAUAACAUUGACAAAAGAAUAAGCCAACUCGAAGAACUUUCCCGGGUGUCAAAAGGUAUGGAAAACGUGCAAAUCAGCAAAUUGGUGGAAGGUGUAAUGACAGUGCCUGAAAUACGACGGGCUAUUUUGAACGAACGGAGGUAUACAACGGAACAGUAUUGGAAAGAAUUGAUGAGAGAAAUAUCAAGGUUGGACAUUGGAAUAAAUCUUAACAAGAUUCGAGAACAAUACAGUAGAAACAAAUCAAGCGCUACAAUCGAUAUGGUAUUUGAAAAAUCUCUUCAGAUUAUAGCAAAGACACAGUUUGAAGAUGUGGAAAGAGAAACUGUAAAAAGAGCUCUCCAAAACAUUAAAGAGUACACUCGAUUUGGGAGAAAAACAAGCGAGCUGAAAUCUUUAUUGAUAAAGCUUAACAGCCAUCUAAGCAAAGAUAGUGACAUUAGAAAAGAUAUCGAUGAAACUCUAGCAAAGAGUCCACAAUCUUAUGAUGAACUUCCAAUCAUGAAACACAAAAUAAUAUCUAAACAAUCCGCGACACGAGGAGACAAAUCCCAUAUAAAACCUCCUCAAAAACACCUAAAGAGAGAUAACGAAGAGUUGGACACAUUGAAUGCCACCAGUAGAACGGAUAAGGUAUCAAUUACAUCAGGUGCAUCUUUGUCUGAAGAAUGGAAUCUUACUGAUCAGCUCACAUCGGUAGUUUAGAAAACGAUAUCGAAAACAGAGCUGCGUGUUACCAUUGACGACCAGAUGCAAGAGUCUACAUCCAACGUCGUUGAUCCUAACAGCAUGGACUACAUUCUUCGCGGUGAUGAAUACACGCUUUUACAAGAAAUCGAUACUGAUAAACACGUCGAUUAAUUGAAGAUAUGGAUGUUGACAUGGUAGACACUAAUGACGUAAAUAUGAAAAUGAUCAGAAGCAUGUCAACAAGAAGUCAUAAGUAUACAAGUGUACAUUUGUUUCACUGUCAUACUUGUGUUUGUGCCUUUGACAGUUGAAUGUUGACUGAUUAUUUUACAUGACAGUUGAAUGUUGACUGAUCAUUUUACAUGGACAAUUACUUUUCAUGUCUGCUGUGUAUCUCCUAAGCCCCUUGAAGGAUUUUAAUGUAACUCAGCUAACAUGUUUACUUCAUUGAUACGAUGUGCAGAACCCCAUUACAGUCUUGCUGGCUCAAUGAUUAAGUUUGUUUAAAAUAUUUAUUUUCACACAUGAAAUCAAUUGAACCCCUUUGAACAGUACGAUAAACGUUCUAGGGUAUGUUGUUGUUUUUCACUUUGCAGGAUACUAGUAUAUGUAAAUGAUUUUUUUAUUAAUAGAAACAUGUUUGUUAUUACUCAGUUUCUUCGUCAUCAGUUAGGUGUACUUUUAAUGUCAUAACUUUGAAUAGUGCUAUGUUUUUAUCGUGGUGAUAUGAUAUUUUAUGUCAAAAUACAUCAUUUACGCUGUAAUUGAGUAGGGCUGCCGUGGUAAAAUACGAGAUGUGCAGUAAAAUACCAUGACAAACUCAUAAGUGCUUAAUGUCUGUUAAAGGCACUCUCACAGAUUUCGUGCUGGAAACGAUGUUUUUCCCGGGCAUUACUCGUUCAAAUCUUAAUUUAAAGCAGAAUUGAAAACUGCACGAAUACUGCAAAAUAUAAGCUCAUUUUAAAACAGCUCAUUUGUAAUAGCCAGAUUAAAAAAAUAUUGAAUGUUCAACUAUGCUUCCAACGCUUUUCGGUAAAUUGAAGCCUUCGGUUAUAUGUUUCCAUAUCAAUAAAACAUUAAGUAUCCCUUUAAAUGUUUGAAGUUUCGGUAACAAGGAAAAUAUUUACAUAAGAAAUGAAUAAUAUUCUAUGUAUAAUUUCCUUAAACAUGAGAGUCAUUGACAGAAAUGAUGAACAGUCUCAGGUUUAGCAAAAAAUAAGGAUUUUGAAGUACAGAUUGGACGAAGAUAAACAGGAUGUAAAACGAAAUGAUACACGUAUGUAGGUAGUACUAGUGUAUACUCCAUGCAAUGCUAUAGCAAUGCUAGACCUGUGCUUUGUUUAAACAUUUUGUUACAGGUUAUGAUUAGUCAGAUGCAUAAAAAAUGUUAUUAGUGAUGAUUACAGAUGCAUAACAAUAUGUAUGUUAUUGGUGAUGAUUACAGAUGCAUAACAAUAUGUAUGUUAUUGGUGAUGAUUACAGAUGCAUGAAAAAUUGUUAUUAUUGGUGAUGAUUACAGAUGCAUGAAAAAUUAUUGUUAUUGGUGAUGAUUACAGAUGCAUGAAAAAUUAUUGUUAUUGGUGAUGGUUACAGAUGCAUGACAAUUUGUUUUUGGUGAUAAUUACAGAUGCAUGAAAAAAUGUUAUUAGUGAUGAUUACAGAUGCAUGGAAAAUUGUUAUUGGUGAUGAUUACAGAUGCAUGAAAAAAUGUUAUUGGUGAUGAUUACAGAUGCAUGGAAAAAAAAUUGGUGAUGAUUACAGAUGCAUGGAAAUUUGUUUUUGGUGAUGAUUACAGAUGCAUGAAAAAAUGUUAUUGGUGAUGAUUACAGAUGCAUGGAAAAUUGUGAUUGGUGAUGAUUACAGAUGCAUGAAAAAAAAGUUAUUGGUGAUGAUUACAGAUGCAUGGAAAAUUUGUUUUGGGUGAUGAUUACAGAUGCAUGGAAAUUUGUUUUUGGUGAUGAUUACAGAUGCAUGAAAACUUGUUAUUGGUGAUGAUUACAGAUGCAUGAAAAAAUUAUUGUUAUUUUUAUGAUUACAGUUGCAUGAAAACUAUUGUUAUUGUUAUGAUUACAGAUGAAUGAA